AUGGACGCACCGGCUGAACGUGAAUGGCAAAAUGCCGAGAACGAUGACUUUGAUCGUCGCGAAGCCCGUGAAAACGAACAUGACAGUGAACGUCAACGCUCACCGCCUGCCCCACCGCGUUCAUCUUCUCGCGAAACGUAUGAGCGCCGUCGUUCACGCGACUAUGACCACCGGUCGUCCCCACCCCCUAGGGAUGCAUAUGACCGGGGCUCAUCUCCACCCCCGCCUUCACGUCGAUAUGAAGAUCACGAUCGUGAGCGCGAGCGCGAUCGUGGACGACGAGGCUAUGGUCAUGGACAUGCAUAUGGACGCGAUGACCGAUAUGCCGGACCUCCGCCUUCGUCGUUCGCACGAAGUCGUGAACCACCGGUGCGACCGUCGCCGCCACCAUCCAACAUCGUGGGUGCCUUUGGUCUGAGUAUUCGCACGACGGAGCGCGACUUGGAGGAUGAGUUUGCCCGCGCAGGAGAGGUGGAAAAAGUUGUCAUUGUUUACGACGCACGCACUGGCCGAUCGCGUGGCUUUGGCUUUAUCACGAUGAAAGAUAUCGAAACGGCCACACGCGCGAUUGAACAACUCAACAACGUCGAGCUUCACGGCCGCCGUAUCCGCGUGGACUAUUCCAGCACCACACGUGCUCAUGAUCCAACGCCUGGCGAGUACAGGGGAAACCCUCGGCCUGUGGGUGGCGACCGCUUCUCCCGCCCACAAGUAGCUCGUACCGUGGGAGUGCAUUUGGCCGAGAGCGCGGAUGGGGCGAGCGUGGGCGUGGACGUGAUCGCGAUCGUGAAUUUAGUCGAUACCACGACUCAUACUAUGACAGGCCUCCUCGCGAUCGUGGUGGAAGUCGCUACGAUGAUUAUCCGCGACCAAGCGGUGGCUGGUCACGCCGUGAUGACCGUGGUGGACCACCACCCCCACGGUACCGUCCUGGAUCAGGCCCUGAUUCAGAUAAUUGGCGUCGCCGUGCGAGUCCGCCCCCGCGCAUGCGCUCACGUAGCCCGCCGCCACGUUACCGUGACUACGAUGACGGGGCAUACGACGAUCGCAGGCGGCCACCGGCGCCUCCCUCGGACUAUGGUCGUGAGCGUGAGCGUUCCGAGUACUCUGAACGUUCAGAUCGUCCUGCCGACUAUGAAGACUCAUUUAGCCGAUAUGAGGAUGAGCCGCCUAAGCGAUACGACUAAAGAGAACAAGCCACAAAAUAAAUGCAACGCCAUGGCUACAUUGUAG